AUGGCUUAUUUCAAUUCCCCCAAUCCUUAUAUGAUGACUGCUGAUAAUUUACCAAACUAUAAUGUACAUCCUUUAAGUAAUCCCAACUCUUCAAGUUCCUUGGGAUUGGGACAGAAUUUUUAUGAUCCCAAACCUACCGGAGGCUAUGGUUUAAAUUUUAAUGGAAAUGGUAGUGGUGUUGGUGUCGGUGUCGGACUUGAUAAUGGAGACAAUGGCAGCGGUGGUGGUACACAAUACUAUGCAAAUCCUUUUGCAACUGGUUUUGAUUUUUCCAAUACCAAGUUGCAGGCUACAGCACCUGAAUUUGUGCCUCGUUUUGAUAAACUUUCGUUGAACGAAACAAAUCAAACAAAAUUAGAGACUAAUAAUAAUGCCAAUACCAAUGGCAAUGUGGAGCCAUUGGUCACGCAAACUACUUCCAAUGGUCAUCAGGCGGCGGAUAAACAUUUGAAUCCUACGGCUCCCGCUGAUACCAGUUUUGAAAAGGAAGAAAAACGCCAUCAACAUCGACGCAACAAUAAUCGUCACAACAACAACAAACAGGAUAAGGAAAAUAAUCGCCGUAACCACAAUCGUAUUGAAAAGAAUAUGGAAAGAUUUUCACGAAAUCUACAAGAGAAAAAUCACAAUAAUGAUUCGGCAUCGAAUUCGAAUUCAUCGACGCCAUCGUUGACAAUGAAUGGUGGGGGUGGAGGAGGAAAUGGUGGGUCCACAGGAAAUCAUCAACAAAAUAAUAAUAAUAAUGGUGGUGGUCCUGGUGGGGUUCAAAAGAACACUGGGGCCUUUAGUAAAUCCCAACAGCAUCGGAAUUCGGAAAAAUAUAAUCGAAAUGGCAAUGAACAAAAUCCUGAGCAGAAUGCUGGACAUCAAAAUAAACGCUAUCAAAAUGGCAGAAGAUCACAGCAGGAAUAUGCUGAGGGAUCAGCAGGAGGAGGUUCCGGAGGAAGAGACUCCGCAGGCGGCGGAAAACGUGAAGAACGUUUCGAUCGCUACGACCGCAAUGACCGCCCCGAACGCGGCGGCCGCAAUCAACGCAACGAUUAUCAUCAACGCUACGACAAUUAUCGCAGCAAUAAACGCCGUGACGAUUGGAAUCGCAAUCGCGAUCGCAUCAAUGGCUUCCGUGUCGAAGAGAAAUAUUCCCAUGACAAUGGCAAAGAUAGUCCCCUGCCCAGUCCCGAAAAGAAAUCACCCAAAAAAGUGUUCCCAGAAAAUGAAAAACUUUCACAACGUGAAAAGCUGAUACGCGAUAUCGAAUGCCGGCGCCUGGAAUGUUUAGUGUGCGUGGAAUCCAUUAAGGCCCAACAGAGUGUAUGGUCCUGCCACAAUUGCUAUCACAUCAUGCAUUUACAGUGUAUCAUAAAAUGGGCCUCAUCAUCGAAAUCAGAUGACGGGUGGCGUUGCCCCGCCUGUCAGAAUGUGGAGAAAGAUGUGCCACGCGAUUAUUACUGCUUCUGUGGCAAGUUGAAAAAUCCCACGAAUAAUCAUCAGGACAUUGCACAUUCAUGUGGAGAGGUGUGCGGCCGCAUUGAAGGCUGUCCCCAUGCCUGUACUUUGCUGUGUCACCCUGGACCCUGUCCGCCUUGCCAAGCCCAGGUUAAGCGAGAAUGUGGCUGUGGCAAGACUUCCAAGACAAUGCAAUGUUGCAUCAAGGAGACCAUAGAGUGCGAUUCCACCUGUGAAAAGCUACUGAACUGUGAACUCCACGUCUGCCAGGAGAAAUGUCACGAGGGUAAAUGUCCACCUUGCAAAGAGAAGGUUGAUCAGAAGUGUCACUGCAGCAAAAAUGAGCGCCAGGUCACCUGCACCCGAGAAUCGCACGACAAACAUGUCUACUCCUGUGGCAAGCCAUGUGGCAAAGACCUCUCCUGUGGCAAUCACAAAUGCAACCAAUGUUGCCAUGCUGGCGAAUGCAAACCUUGCAAAAUGAGCCCCGACAUUGUCACCUCCUGCCCAUGUGGCAAAAUGCCCAUUGUUGCAGAGCAACGUAAAUCCUGCCUUGAUCCCAUACCUCUGUGUGAGGGUACCUGUGGCAAAACCCUAAAAUGUGGCAAGGCCAGCAAUCCCCAUCACUGCACCUUCAAAUGCCAUGCCGGCAAUUGUCCACCCUGCAACAAACAAACCGCCGUCAAAUGCCGUUGCGGUCACAUGGAUCAAAUGAUAAAAUGUCGCCAAUUAUCCACCCGGGCCGAUGAUGCCCGCUGCAAAAAACGUUGCACAAAGAAGCGGUCCUGUGGCAAACACAAAUGCAAUCAGGAAUGUUGCAUCGAUAUCGAUCACUUUUGCCCACUGCCCUGCAAUUACACCCUGUCGUGUGGCAAACACAAAUGUGAUCAACCCUGCCACCGUGGCAAUUGUCCACCCUGCUAUCGUUCCUCAUUCGAAGAGCUGUUUUGUGAAUGUGGUGCCGAGGUCAUAUAUCCUCCAGUGCCCUGUGGCACAAAGAGACCUGUCUGCACCAAACCCUGUUCUCGCAAACAUCCUUGCGAUCAUGCCCCCCAACAUACAUGUCAUUCGUCGGCCACCUGUCCCCCUUGUAUGAUGUUUACCACCCAAUGGUGUUAUGGGCAGCAUGAACAGCGCAAAACGAUACCCUGUUCCCAGAAAAGUUUCUCAUGUGGUCUGGCUUGUAACAAGCCGCUGCCAUGUGGACGUCACAAAUGCAUAAAGACUUGUCAUGAGGGCCCAUGCCAGACGCCCGGUGAAAUAUGCAAACAAAGUUGUACAACUGCCCGACCCAACUGUGGUCACAAGUGUAUGGCCGCCUGUCAUGAUGGUGAUUGCCCCGAGACGCCGUGUAAAGAAAUGGUCGAAGUACAAUGUGAAUGUGGUAAUCGCAAACAGAUGCGAACCUGUGCCGAAUUGGUACGUGAAUUUAGUCGCAUUGCCACCGCCCAAUUGGCUUCAUCUAUGGCGGAAAUGCAACGUGGCAAUUAUAUGGAGCUAUCGGAAAUUUUAGCUCCCGUUAAACUAACAAAUAAAUCUAAUAAGACACUCGACUGCAAUGAGGAAUGUCGUACCCUAGAACGUAAUCGUCGUCUAGCGAUUGGUUUACAAAUUCGUAAUCCUGAUUUACCACAAAAACUAAUGACAAAAUAUUCCGAUUUUAUACGAAAAUUUGCUAAACGUGAUCCGGCAUUGGUGAAAUCGAUACAUGAUGCUCUUACCACUCUGGUGAAAUUGGCCAAGGAAAGUAAACAAAAAUCGCGAUCACACUCUUUCCCCACCAUGAAUCGUGAGAAACGUCAGCUGGUCCAUGAAAUGUGUGAAAUGUUUGGCGUGGAAUCGGUGGCCUACGAUGCCGAGCCGAAUCGUAAUGUUGUCGCAACAGCAUACAAGGAUAGGUCUUGGCUUCCCGCCACCAGUAUCAUGGAGGUAAUGGCUCGUGAAUCUGGCCAACGGCGUGUCCCUGUGCCCAGCAACAAUGCCUGGGGUCUAAAGAGAUAAUGCUAAGAAAAU